UCAUCCCGAGAUACUAACAUUAAAAAAGCAAUAUUUAGCUUGUUCCAUAAUUCAGUGCUGUGCAUUAAUUUUAAUAGAUGCAACAUUUUUCCCAGUGCUGUGAUAGGGGUCUGGCUUUGUCUGGAACUGCAGCUGGCUUUAAUGGGCCCAUUCAUUCAGUCGGUUGGUGUCGGCGAGAGAUGACGCAGUGGGAAAACGGCAGCGGACACGGCGACGCCUGCGCGAUCGGAAGACCAGAAACAGAGUGUGGCACAAAGUUGCCAAAUAGCCGCUUGGGGAUUAGCGAAAACGCCAUCGAGGCAGAGUUCUUUCUUCGCGCGUCUCUCUUUCUUUGCUUUGACUGCAGCCACGAACGAAUCUCAGGCAUCGAUAUGUGCUACGUUAUCAUCACCAGUGCCAGCCUCGUGUGGUUCCUCUGCACCUUGGCGGCGGACAUGCUCUUCGCCGUGGCCCUGGUUACGCCAAAAUGGCUGGUGGGCCGCGCCCAAGAGGUCAACAUUGGUUCCAGCCCUCAUCGACAGUCCUCAGAGGGAAUUUAUACGCGCUGCAAGACAAUGCACGAAGGGGGAUUUAACUGCGGUCGCUUCGAUCUCGAUGGACUGGCCACGGACAGUAGCAUUUACCCCGGUGAGUGGAAGGCCGCCAUGUUCUUCGUCUCGCUGGGGUUAAGCCUGUUGUCGGUCACGGUGCUGCUGACCCUAAUCACCUGCUGCCGCCAGUCGGCCUUUGGAAAGAGCAUCCACAACAUGACGGCAUGCGCCCAAGUAGUGGCAGGAAUAUGUGUGAUGUUAGCACUCUUUCUGCAUCCGAUGGGUUGGGGAGCAGCCCGGGUUCAGCGACUAUGCGGUCCGGAUGCAGAACCCUUUUACCCCGCCGACUGCAGCAUAGGAAUUUCUUUGUACUGCGGAGUCAUCGGCGUACUCCUUACAUUCGUCUCCCCAGGCAUCAGCCUUAAAGCGGAAUCUUCCAACAUGCGCUACCACGUUCGCCUGCGCGUGGAGUCCGGCAGCAAACUCGUGUGCAUUCCGUAGCUGCCUUCAAGUAAAAUAAGCACAACCUUUGACAUAGAGCGAGCAUACUUAACUUCAUUCUCGAAUUAACUUUAACAUUAGCAUAAAUAAACGUCUAACAUUUCUACAAUAUA